AACCUCACAACAGCCAAAAGUCGUGCCCAUGUGGUGUUGACUGAAUUGUCAAUUUUGUGCAUUUUAAAAAAAUUACACAAGAUCGUGCAACAUUGUGUUGUUUUGAUCAAACUCAGUUCAAAGUUCGUGCGUGUUUUGGUCACCUUGCAGUAUGGAUAUUUCAAUGAGCGCUAAAGACGUCCGCAAUGCGUACAUUAAUUUUUUCAAAGAGAAAAACCACGAUUACGUCCAUUCCUCGUCUACAAUUCCCUUAGACGACCCAACUCUACUGUUUACCAACGCCGGUAUGAAUCAAUUCAAGCCGAUUUUUUUGGGGACUGUUGACCCCAACAGCGACUUGGCGAAACUGACACGUGCCGUCAACUCGCAAAAAUGCAUCCGUGCCGGCGGUAAACACAACGAUUUGGAUGAUGUUGGUAAAGACGUUUACCACCACACUUUUUUCGAAAUGAUGGGCAACUGGUCGUUUGGUGACUACUUCAAGAAGGAGAUUUGUGCCUGGGCUUGGGAGUUCCUCACCAAACGGCUCCACCUACCUGGGGACCGCCUCUACGUCACGUAUUUCGGGGGCGAUAAAGCUGCCGGUCUAGAGCCCGACAAUGAGUGCAAACAGAUUUGGCUGGGUUUGGGAGUCCCCGAAUCGCACGUCCUCCCGGGCAGCAUGAAAGACAACUUUUGGGAGAUGGGCGAAACGGGGCCCUGUGGCCCCUGCUCCGAGCUCCAUUUCGAUAGAAUUGGGGGGCGCGACGUCCCAGAACUCGUCAACCAAGACGAUCCUGACGUUUUGGAAAUUUGGAAUUUAGUUUUCAUCCAAUACAACCGGGAAUCAGACGGUAGUUUGAAAUUUUUGCCCAAAAAACACAUCGAUUGUGGCCUGGGGUUGGAACGCUUAGUGUCAAUAAUGCAAAAUAAGAGGUCAAACUACGACACCGACCUGUUCCUGCCCCUGUUUGACGCGAUUCAGAAAGGGACAGGGGCUCCCCCCUAUGGCGGGAAAAUCGGAGAUGCCGAUAAAGACGGCAUCGAUAUGGCCUACCGGGUUUUGGCUGACCAUGCCCGAACUAUUACGAUCGCACUGUCGGACGGGGGAAACCCUGACAAUACCGGCCGAGGUUACGUAUUGAGGCGCAUUUUGCGACGUGCCGUUCGAUACGCAACGGAAAAAUUGAACGCCAAACCUGGAUUUUUUUCAACUCUUGUUAAUACAGUUGUUGAGAUUUUGGGCGAUACUUUCCCCGAAGUUUGCAAAGACCCACAAAGCAUUAUUGAUACAAUCAAUGAAGAAGAAGAGCAAUUUUUGAAGACUUUAUCGCGUGGAAGAAAUUUGCUCAACAGAACUAUUACCAAAUUGGGUGACUCCAAAACUCUACCAGGGGAUGUGGCUUGGAGGUUGUAUGACACUUACGGCUUUCCGGUUGAUUUGACUCAACUCAUGGCGGAGGAAAAGGGGUUAAAUGUCGAUAUGGCCGUGUAUGAGGAGUCGAAAAAACUAGCACAGAUUGCCUCACAGGGCAAAGGCUCGGGGGUGGAGGACACCAUCAACCUCGAUGUGCACGCCAUCACCGAGCUUCAAAAUCUUGGGGUUCCCCCGACUGACGACGCCCCCAAAUACAACUACAUUGCUGGUAGUGGCAUUAACGAGGAGUACAAAUUCGAGUUGUGCCACAGCACUGUGAUAGCCCUCCGCCACAACAAGCAAUUCGUCGAGCAGGUCCACACAGGCCAGGAGUGUGGUAUUCUCCUCGACAAAACAAACUUCUAUGCUGAGCAAGGGGGCCAAAUAUACGACACCGGUUACAUUGUGAAAAUUGGCGACGAGAGCGUGGAAUUUUCGGUGAAAAAUGUGCAAGUUCGUGGGGGGUAUGUCAUCCACAUUGGGAGUCUCGAAGGCACGCUUAAGAAAGGCGAUAAGGUGGCUUUACACGUUGAUUCGGCUCGCAGACGCUUGAUUAUGAAUAAUCACACGGGGACGCAUGUUUUGAAUUACGCCCUGCGGAAGGUUCUAGGCACUGAGGCCGAUCAAAGGGGGUCUUUAGUCGCCCCGGAUCGAUUAAGGUUCGAUUUUACAAAUAAGGGGGCCAUGACUGUCGAUCAGGUCAAAAACACUGAACUCAAUUCUAAAGAAUUGAUCUCGCGGAAUGAUCAAGUGUUUGCGAAAGAGUCGAAUUUGGCCGUGGCUAAGACCAUAAGGGGGCUGCGUGCGGUGUUUGAGGAAACGUAUCCAGACCCUGUUAGAAUAGUCUCGAUUGGUAUUCCGGUGGAGAAGUUGGAGGUGGAUCCGUUUGGCCCAGCUGGGGACAACACCUCAAUUGAGUUUUGUGGCGGCACUCAUUUGAAAUAUUCGGGCCAUAUUGGCGAUUUUGUCAUUGCAAGUGAGGAGGCUAUAGCUAAGGGGAUUCGCAGGAUUGUGGCCCUCACAGGUCCGGAGGCCACUAAAGCGUUAAAACGCACCGAAUAUCUCGAGAAUUGCCUCAAUGAUAUUAAAUUCCUAGUCGAGACUGACAAAAACGGGGAAAAGUCCAAAGAACUGGUCAAAAAAAUCGUGCAAUUGACGGAGGAAGUCUCGCACGCUGUUAUCCCCUACUGGAAGAAGGAGGAAAUAAGGAACGCACUCAAAACCUUGAAAAAGAAUUUGGACGAUAAAGAACGCGCAGCAAAGGCUGCGGUUGCAAAUCAAGUUGUGGAUCAAAUCAAAGAGUUUGUUAAAGCCAACCCGAAUUUGCCGAUUUUGGUUAAGGAGUUGAAGGCGUUUUCCAACACUAAAGCUCUCGAUACGGCUUUGAAGCAGGUGAGGAGUUUGAGUCCGUCCACGUCGGCACUGUUUGUUACUGUUGAUCCGGAUUCGAAUAAAAUGUUUUGUUUGGCGUCUGUGUCGAAGGAAGGAGUUGAUAAAGGUUUAAAAGCCAAUGAGUGGGUUCAAGCUGUUGCCAGUAAAUUGGGAGGAAAAGGGGGCGGGAAAGCUGAUUCGGCCCAAGCGUCGGGAAGUAAUAGUGUGGCUGUUGAGGAAAUUUUGCAACUUGCUAAACAAUUCGCAGAAUCGAGGAUUUAAUUUUUGCCAUAUUUUUAACCACAAUAAGAAGGGCUUGAUCGGUUUAAAUUAUUCCACUUUUUAUUAAAAUAAAUAUUUACAAGUC